CCGUCGGAACCCCAGAACGACUCUGCCGUGGAACGCCAGACCUUCCACCCCACCCCAGACCUACCCACCACCCCUCCACCUGUCCACGCUGCCCUCGGGAGCCCAGACCUGAUUCCCAACCCCUCGGCCCGCCCUCCCGCUCCCCUUGGAGCUCCAGCCUUGCCCACCCCUUCAGUCCUCGGGAGCCCAGACCCACCCCGGAAGUCUAGACUUGCCCCCCCCCCCCCCCGGGGACCCCGACCUGCCCUUACAAAUCUAGACUUACCCCGUCCCCCUUUCCCCCCCAGACCGGCCCGACGCUACACCUUCCCUCCCCUCAACCUGGCUUCCGAGCCCAGGCCCAGGCCCGCCCCGCCCCGCGGGGAUGCCCUCCCUGACGCCCCCUCUCCUUGCAGGGGCGCGAGCGGACGCGAGGAGGGGCGAGCUGCCGGAGACCGGAAUGGAGCCCGGCGAAACGAGGAGGCUCUCAUCCGCCUCCCUGGAAGGAGACCUGAGAGAAGAAAAUAAAUUAAAACGAGGAAUUUCCCAAGACUUGACAUCUUCCCCCAAAUCAGACAGAUACAAAAUAGCAAGACAAUUAACAGAAAAGGCCAUCAAGGAAAAGAAGAUUUUCUCCAUCUACGGGCACUACCCAGUGAUACGGGCCGCCCUCCGAAGAAAGGGCUGGGUGGAGAAGAAGUUCCACUUUCUGCCCAAGGUCCUCCUGAAUGUGGACGAUGACGGUGUGGGGGCGACAGAACAGAAACGCGCAGAAGGCAGAGAAAACCAAGAAGCGGCUCCGGAGAAGACAGAUGACAUCCACGAUGUGAUGUCCAGGUUGGUCAAAAACGAAAUGCCCUACUUCCUCUGGACCAUCAAAAGGGACGUCGUUGACUAUCACAGCUUGAACUGUGACCAGAUGCUGAAUCACUAUGGGAAGACGGCUUCCUUCACCACCAAGAUCGGGCUGUGUGUGAACAUGCGGAACCUACCGUGGUACGUCCAGGCCGACCCUGACUCCUUCUUCCCACGUUGCUACGGCCUCUGCACCGAGAACGAGAAGCAAGAAUUCCUGGACGACUUCCGGCGGACGGUGGCCUCCAGCAUCCUCAAGUGGGUGGUCAGGCACCACAAGUGCGGCAGCAGCGGGGAGGCCGGCGACCGCGGCCCCGGCAGCAAGAAAGUUCCCGAGAAUGCGGAAUCCAAGCCCAUGGGCCUCUCGGGGGAGCUCGUGGACACCGCAUGCAAGGUGUGCCAGGCCUACCUGGGUCAGCUGGAGCACGAGGACAUCGACAUCUCCAAGGACGCCGCCCAGGACCUCACGGAGGACGAGUGGAAGGACCUGACGCAGCAAUACUACUCCCUCGUUGACGGUGAUGCUUUCAUCUCCAAUUCGAGAAAUCACUUUUCGCAGUGCCAGGCCCUGCUGAACAAAAUCACGUCUGUGAACCCUCAGACGGAGAUCGACGGGCUUCGGAACAUCUGGAUCAUCAAGCCCGCAGCCAAGUCCCGCGGCCGAGACAUAGUGUGCAUGAACCGAGUGGAAGACAUCUUGCAGCUGGUGACCGCAGACCAUCCGUCCGCCAAGGACAACAAGUGGGUGGUGCAGAAGUACAUCGAGACGCCGCUGCUCAUCUACGACACCAAGUUUGACAUCAGGCAGUGGUUCCUGGUCACCGACUGGAACCCCCUGACCAUCUGGUUCUACAAGGAAAGCUACCUGCGGUUUUCAACACAGCGCUUCUCCCUGGACAACCUGGACAGCGCCAUCCACCUGUGCAACAACUCCAUCCAGAAGCACCUGAAGAACGACGAGGAACGCAGCCCCCUGCUGCCCUACCACAACAUGUGGACCAGCACCAGGUUCCGGGAGUACCUGCAGAAGAGGGGCCGCGGGGCCGCGUGGGCCGGCGUCAUCUACCCGGCCAUGAAGCGGGCCGUCGCCAACGCCAUGAGGGUGGCGCAGGACCACGUGGAGCCACGCAAGAACAGCUUCGAGCUGUACGGGGCCGACUUCAUCCUGGGCCGCGACUUCCAGCCCUGGCUGAUCGAGAUCAACUCCAGCCCCACCAUGCACGCGUCCACGCCCGUCACGGCACAGCUGUGCGCCCAGGUGCAGGAGGACACCAUCAAGGUGGUGGUGGGUCGCAAGGUCGACCGCAACUGCGACGUCGGCAACUUUGAGUUGCUGUGGAGACAGCCUGCGGUGGAGCCUCCGCCCUUCCACGGGUCCGACCUGUGUGUGGAAGGCGUUGGUGUGCGCAGAGCCAGGAAGCAGAUGCCGCCCAUUUCCGGCGCUAACUGUCCAUCCGCGCUCCUGGACCGUCAGCCGCUGAAGGUGCGGUCCCCCUCGGCCGUGCCAGGCCUGGCUCCGGGCCGCUCCCCGACGGCUGUGCGCGGGGACUUGAGGCCGGACGACGCACAGGCGCCCGCUUGCACCCUGCCCGCGCCCCUCAAGAGGCCGGCCGAGAGACGCUGCGAGGCGCAGUCCGCCAGGAAGUCAGCGGUCCCCACUCGUGACUUUCAGCUCGCAGACGGUCAGGCCCCGAAAAUCCGCCUUCCCAAAGCCGAGUCCGACAGACGCUCGGGGGCCGACACGGUAAGCGCGCGGGCACGGCGGGCCGUGCUCCCGAGCGUGAAGACACCGGAGGGCGCCCUGUUUCAGCCGCUCAGGCCACCAGGUGUUGUUCUGAUCGCUGCUGACACCGUCUCUGUCUUUCUGUACCUACCCACGUACAUUCCUCUCACCCUUCGUGCCUCCACGCGUCUCAGACUUUCAACAUGGACUCUGCUCCAGUCAGCUCUAGAAUGUCCCUCGGGCGGGGCCUGGGGGCGGCACGCGCACCCUCCUUUUGGGGCCGCAGAGGUCUUUCUGGCUGGCGCUCCAGAGACGGCUCCUCCUCUGCCGUGGGGUCCCCCCACCCUCGCUCGCUGCCCGGGCCUGGCGGCUGCCUUCCUCCCCAGGAGGGCCCUCUGUUCCGCCCCGCCGCGUCCAGCUGUGCUGUCCUUUUUUUAUCCUCCUAACUGGGACUUCCUUAAUCUGCAUACUGGUGCCCUAAUCAGUUACGGGAAACUCGAAGCCAUUGCCUCCUUCCCUGGUGGCUCGAUGGUGUUUGUGAAGCCCUGUGGCUCGCCGACCUCCAGACCUCCCGUCCCUCGCUUGUUUGGUCUCUGGAGCGGCCUCCCGACAUGUCUCAUCGGUGCCUGGUACUCUGUGAUCCCGCCCCAGAAAUUCUAAUUUUAGUUAUCUUGUAGCUUCACUUUUGAGAAGUUCUGCUUUCUGAUAAAGCUAUUUGGUCCUAUUUGUGGCUCCUUUCCCUGCCGGUGAGCCCCGAACCCACCCAAAGGCACGUAGCUCGCAGUCCGUCGGCUGAUGGCCCGUAAUUCUCACACUUGAAGUUUGGGGUCAGGCUCUCAUACACUUCCUGAGGCUCGCUCACAUUUUAUUACAAAUGCCUCAUUUUCUUAAAAUAAAUUACUUGUGGGGAUUGGGGACUGGUGCCCCCGCUGCCCCCAGGAAGACCGCUCGUUUUAAGUCCAAAGCCUGAUGCUCUGGAACCCUCACCCCACCCUCACCCCAGCCCAGGGACAAGAAGUUGUCAUGAAAAUCUGUUCAGAGGCUAGCUCAGGGUCCGUUCCCUCUGGGAUUUCCACGGCACUGCUCAGCACCACGUGGCACUCUCAAAGUCCCCGGGGCGCAGGGCAGGGCAGGGCGGGAUAUUUUCGUUCACCUUUGCACCUGGGGUGGGUGUCUCUCACCCCUCUUUUGUCCUCCACACCCCAUGAGGCUUUGGAACCUUGGGCUCCUGGUGACUCUGGCUGGCAAAGCCCCAGAAGAAAGGCCCACCUGCCCGCAGCCUUGUUCAGAUAAUUCCUUGCUUUUUGCCAGUGUUUUGUUGCUAUUAAGAAAAUGCUUUUCCUAUUUUAUGCCCCGGGUCCGGUGGUUUCCACCGCAAGGGUGGUCUGGACCCCAGACCACCCGUUCCUGAGUGCACCCCCAUCCAGCGCCCCCCACCUUCCCUUUCCCACCCGCAAGAUGCCUGAGGCGCGGCUGUCCUGCUGCUUAGCCCUCCCCCCAGCCGGGCCCGGGGCUCAGGGUCAAGGCCUCUCCUUCCAAAUCCCACUCCCUCCACCCACCUCUGGCUACCAGUCCCUGGCCCCGUCCUCCUUGGCUUGAAGCUGGCCUGGCCUCUGUCCCUUCUGGCCCCAGGGCGGGCUCUGUUUGGCCCUGGGGUGCGUUGGCGGGCAGAGCUGCUGUCCUUGGCCAAUGUGCCUGCCUGCACCCCCGCCUCUCAC